CGGGUCGAACAGGAACCCAUCUCCGCAACAAUUCACAGAUACCAACUGUGCUUUAAUUUCCUCCAUCAACAAAACACAAUCGAUCUUUCGCAAAGCCAUUGUCCCUUUGACUUUAUUGUCGCCGUAAUUUCAAGGGCACAGACAUCGUCGACCUCGUAUCAAUAGCAUCAUCAUCAUCUGCGGGAACCAUGGCUCGCUCAAACUCCAUCGUACUAGCCGGCUCUCUCGCCCUACUCGCUUUCCUUUCGACUGCACCAAGCGCAACUGAGGCAUUCGUUGUCGAGUAUUGUUCCACGCAAAACACAAAUUCCGGGGGACAGACAUGGCACAACGACUGGCAAUCGAAUGGUUUAUGCACGGGAAAAUGCGGUGCCUAUGCCUUCGCUGUAAUCCAAUACAAGGACUGCUGGUGCUCUAAUUACAUACCCGAGGCCCAGGACGAUACCAGCGACUGCGACGGCACCUGCCCGGGUUUCCCCUCUGAGAUCUGCGGCAGCAAUUCUGGCGACAAAUUCGUCUAUAUCCCCAUCGACGGCAAGAAGCCCUCUGGCACCAAAGGAGCUUCAGAGCCCACUCAGGUGAGUACGACCUCUUCACCUCCUGUUCCAUCGUCGGACUCAUCUACGAGACCUACUUCAACGGAAAUAUCUACUGUUAGUGAACUCCAUUUCUUUGCUGUUGCAAGUCUUGCAAGUCCACUCUCACUGUCAUUUUCCUCGUCUCUUUGAUUUUGCUCCACUCGUCAGUUUUCUUGUCUUCCUCACAUGUUGUCUCCAACCGUAUGUCAGCCAUCGUGUUAGACUUGGUGUGGCUCUCGCGGGCCCCAACAAGUUCUUCGUUGAUGCGACGAUCAAUCCCGUAACUCAAGAACCCUGAUCUAUCCUGCGGACCCUUCAAAGUUCUAUCUUGUUUAGAGUUUCCACCCUCAUCCGUGUUCACUUUUCUGCUCUUUGUUUAUUCCUCCGCUCUUAGCCAAAUUUUCACUGACAUCGCAUUCUUACAGUCAUCCAAACCAACCACUUUGCAGA